AUGAGAACCGAGGCAAUAGGCGCCGAACAUGGAGACCAAGGUGGCACAUUAAAAUCGACAGAAACGAACACACACGUCGAAAAAGAUGAAACACAUGGUAACUUACUACACUAUUCACUAGCUUUUCUCAAAAUUAAAGACUAAUAAAGGGACAAUGCUCAGUCAGUUUGAGAAAUAACUUUUGGCACUCUGUUUUAUAUACAAGAUUGCUAUCAUGUCAACAAGUACGAUCGUAUUAUAGUUGACUAGGAACUGCGUGACAGAGUUCCAAUCUUGUGCAAAUCGUUAAACGUUCAAAACCUUCGAGAUUUUGUCUUAACGAAUAACUAGACAUGCACUUGUGAAACUAAUGAUUCUCGAAGUGUUGGCAGCGUAGACUGAGUUCACAUUUCACUAAAUGUUUUACUUUAAUUUGGUCAUGCAAGAUACUUUAUCCUGGCAAAAAUGUAUCUAGUGCCGUGUAUAAAUGAGGUGUAAAUCUGGACAAAGCAUAGAUAACUAAAUGCGCAGUUUUGAAAAGUAUUUCCUUUAAGCUUCGGAUACACGAGCAAUAUUUUUGCUGCCAUGGUUACGCAAUGGGUAAUAACAGCAUUGCGUUGCCGUCGCACAAGGUGGCUACACCUGCAAUAUUUCACCUGCAAUAUAUCGGUCUUCAUAACGCUUUUCAUUGGCUGGUCAAGAAACGUGUUAUUCAUCAACCUUGACCACACCUCCCAAUUUUCGGCAAUCAUUGCUGAAAAUCAACGAUUUCGGCAACGAUUGCGCACAGCUUUGCGUUGCCGUCGCAGAGCAUGAUACACAAUCAAUUUCUUUCUCGCGACGGCAAUGCAACGAUUUUACCACCAUUGCAUUGCCAUCGCCAGAAAAGUAUUGCCCGUGUAUCCGUAGCUUUAUCAUGCCGUGUAAACGGGGCUUAAGUUAAGGUAACAAAUUAUCUGAAUUGUUGCUAGGUUAAUAAUAGCUUCAUAACUACACGCUUGUGCUAAAAGCAAAUUGACAUGUCUUUGUUUUUACGGUUUGCGCUACUCUACGACUAUAAUCUAUAUGAAAAUACAAUGAUAGCCAGAUAGGAGUAUUACUCCUCUGCGCUUUGAGAAACUAUAAGCCAGAGUGUUAAAUUUAGUCAAACUUACUUAUAAUUAAUCGUUAUAAUUAGUCGUUCACAUUCAUGAGAAGCUUUAGACUAUUGCGAUUGUGUUCACAACAAUAGAGAAGACAAUGUCUUUCUGAUCGUUUGCGUUUGCUGAUAUACUUGCUGAAUAUUAAGUGAUAUGUAUAUAUUAUUUGCUACCAAUACAGUCAAGAAUUGCUUGUAUCUUGCCUCUGAAGUCAAAAAUGAAAAAUCUGACACCGUAAAUCGAUGCAAAAUAUUGCUUAGAAUAAUUAUGUCAAGUUUCAUUCCGAUCAAACAAGUAAUGACGGAGUCUUAGGGUUUUUUCAAAGAGCGUCGCCCCCUCGGCGGCGGCGGUGGCGGCGGCGACGACGACGACGACAACAACAACAACAACAACAAGAUUAGCAGCGAUUGGGGAUCAGUUCUUGGUCCAAAAAGUGGAAAAUAUUAGACUAGUGCAGCAGCGUGCACUGGAUAACAUCGAAUAGAAUGAUACACCUUUCUAAAGAGUGUGCGAUUUCAAGAGUACAGUGCACUAUUUGUUAAUUCAAAUGAUUUCAAAAUUAUUCUAGGAAGUUUGGUUAAACCAUAUUUAUCAUUACUGGGGAUUGCUACACGAAAAUAAGCAUGGUUAGAUGGUUGUUUUUAGUCCUAUUUUUGCCUAAGUAAUUUAACCAUGCCUGAAAAAGAACGUAAAACAUAUCAUAUGAUAGAAAUAAAAAUUGACAAAAUUGCUGCCAGUACGUGGAAGAAGAGUUCAAUAAAUCAAAUUGGGCAAGAACACAUAUAGUCAACAAAAUAUCUCUUUGUAGUCUUGAUUCAAUAACAUUGUAAUGUUGGUUAUGGACUUACAUGCAUGGUGGUGAUACAAAGCGAACGUAACAAGGCCAGAUUUCGUGCUCGACCAAUCUGCGCAUUUGUUUACAUUUUCGUUCUCAACUAAUCACAAUGCAGGAAACGAGAAAUUUACACCAAAGCGAGCUAGAAAAUAUUGCCGUCUUCUCGGGCUUCCGUGACAUUCAAUUUUAGCUUUUCUUUAAUUUAAAACCAAAAGAUUAUGACACAGCACAUUAAGUGCCGUGGGCAUUUUUGAAUUUCGACCAAGAACGGAAAAUAUUCAUGUUUGAAAUUUUUCCAAAUUUUUCCCUAUGUCGCGUAUACAAAUUUGAGUAAUCUAAUUUGACUGCAAUAAAACUAAAAAUUGCUAUAUUUUCUCUGCUUUACGUUUUUGUUGGAAAACUCUUUUUCGCUCUUGUUGAAAAUCGUUUUGGUCCAUGUACAUGGUUAGGGAUAUUUCAGAUCCGUCAGAGCACCUAGUCACCAGGCUUUUUCUGACACGGCCACAAAAUUCACUAUGGCGCCCAACAAGGAGUGGAAGUACUAAAUAUACUAUUAUUCAGUUUCUUCUUUAUUUUUCGAAAUACUUUUUUGGUAGAAAUACAAGAGAUGACAGGAAAUACCAGGUAUUUUAUUUUUAUCUGAAAAAAACUUUGACGCAGAAAAGAAUUUUUCUCAGUCAUGGAUUAUAAAAUGUAUAAUUUAUAGUAUAUACAACUGCUGAACAAUAGUUGUUCAAGUACUGAUACAGUGAUACUGCUGUCCGUGUUUAGCCUGCGUCGCAUACUUCAAAAAUGUGUUUUGAAGUAUGCGACGCUGACGCAGGCUAUCCGUGUUUGGGAUGUCAUUAGUUCAAAUACCUAGUUCGUUUGUUUUAAAUUACCAUUAUUGAAAAGAUUGUUCACCUCAAUUACCUGUGCAUAUAAAAUUGCUAUGUGCUUGUUUAUUUCUGCCAGGUAUAGGGUGUGAAACACUUGUCAGUCAGUCGGCAAAUUGUCUCCCAGUCAGCAAACAUGAAUUGGAUAGGAACGAACCAAAAUAUUUGUAUUUUAACCAUAUUUAUACAUUUAUAUACUCAUAGGCGUAUGGGAAGGGGGAAAUUAGGGGGGGAAGGAAAUUUGCCCGACUUUUCCCCAUUGUGCCUGACCUGUCAAAAACAAUUUUCGUGAAAACUGGUGGGGGGGGGGGGAGUCGUGGGAAGCAACAACAAAAAAUUUCAAAAUGUAUUAUAACUUUAUAUUUUCCCCCCAAUAUUGAGAGAAUUUCUCCUAUUUAUUUUUAGAAUAAUAUUGCCCAACUGUGGAGCGAACAUUGCCCGACUGGCCUAGCCUGCCCAACUAUUUAUAUAUAUGUAUAUAUAUAGAAAGAGACAAAAACUUAGCAAGCUUUGUUUGACAUAUUUAUUACUAUACAGUUUCGUACCACGUAAAUAACGUGGCACUCUUCAGAUAAAAUAGCCUAUGUUUGACCUCUAGCUUCUAACGAACUUUUUAAAUAUGUACAUGGUAAAGGAUGCUUAUCUAAUUACAGAUCAAUUAACACCUUAAGCAGUGUCACGAAAUAUUAGUAUCAAGUUAUAAAGUUUUUACGUAGAUAUUUAUUAGCGUGUCUACACGUGGAGACAAGUUCGUUCCGACGAUUAAGUGUUGCAAUGUCCGGUUUACAAAUAAUAAAAUACUUCUCCCAAAUACACAAGUUACAUCUCUUGGAUGCAUUACUGCAAGAUUUAGCACAUUUUAAAAUUUUCCAUCUGAUAGAGUAACUAAUGUUGUUCUUAAGAUUCCAGAUGUAUUUACUUAAUUCAGACAGCGCUUCUCAUAGUUAUUAAAUGAAGCUUUGUGAUUGGUGUAUCGGGUUUUGAAUUCAUGUGGCCUGGUAGAUAACAGAUUUUGCUAGACAAUUUUUUGACACAAACAUAUAUCCCCCUAUGUAAAAUUAUAUAAUUUUACAUAUAAGAUCCCCUCGACAGUGCCUGAAAAGCCUCCAGGUGUUAUAGAGUGAUUACGGUAAACAGAAACAGCAUCAUAUUUGGGAGGGACCAAACAUAAAAAGUAGUAUUGAUACCCUCGAUCUCUCCAACUUUAGAGAGGGUAUCAAUAUUUAGAAGCAAGGGGCUGAAAUUGAGAUUUUUGGAAAUUUUGAGAAAAAAUCCCUUAUUUCAAUCACACUGAGCAUUAAAAUUUCGGGAGGGGGUGCAAAUUUCUCUAGGUGGGGUGGGAACACUUGGGGGUGUGCAAAAUGUUUUGGGGGAUCCCCAGAAAAUCUGUCUAUUGCCAUGGCCCCCAGCAUAAUACAAUAUUGAAUGGGGUGAUUAGAGACCAAAAUCCAGGGGAUGGUCUGAGUUUAAAGCCACUUUCCAGGGGUAUCUGGCAAUGAAUUCCUAGGAAAUUCCAGGGAAGGGGUAUAUAAACUGAAUUCCAGGAGGUCACAUUUUAGAUUGUGAAAAGAUGUCCUCCCCCCCCCCCCCCCCCCUGUGAGGAAAAUAAAUGCAAUCUGCCAAUGUAUUGUAAAACACCAUUUCUCCUGUUUUACAAUUGUGACUUCCUAGGACUCCCUGGGAAAGUUUACCCUGGGCCCCGCACAACCCUUUGACACCCCUGGCUACACUAGCUUAUUUUAAUAAUGUAAAAAUAAAAUGGAUUAUCAAUUAAUGUCUGAUUUAUUAUUUGUGUUGAUCAUGUACUGAUGCAGUACAUGGAAUUUUCGAACGAAAAUUUAUAUACAUUGUUCUAGAUGGAAAUUUCGAACGAAAGUUUAUAUACAAUGUUAGGCGUAACUGGGAGCAGCUGGAACUUUAAGCCUUCUAAACAGGAAUCUGACCACUGAGCUACAGAGACCAGUUGCUGGGAAUUAAUCACAAGUUGCUGUGUAUCUAUUAAUUUGGUGAUGGGCUUACGUUAGGGCUUGUUUUUAAAUUUUGUCAUCUAUUUGGAGCAAUGAUGCUUGCUGCAGAAUAUUGAAUAUAAAUAAAAUUAACGACAGAUAUAAACUAUUAAUAUAGAUAUAAGAAAUUCUUAUCUGUGUCAAAUUCUUUUUUCAGAUAAAAAUAAGAUACCUAGUGUUUCCUGUCAUCUCUUCAUUCUCUUGUAUUUAUAAUAACAAAUAUUUCGAAGAAUAAAGAAGAAACGACAAUAGUAUAUUACUCCACUCCUUGUCAGGCGCCACAUUGAAUUUUGUGGCCGUGUCAGAAAAAGCCUGGUGACUAGGUGCUCUGACGGAUGUAUUGUUUCAUAACCUAGAAGAUAACGUGUUUAGAGAGACAAUGUUAUUGAUUUCCCGUAUGAAUGGGAUAUAUAUUUUUAAAUUAGGCGCUACAAACGCGUUAUCGUCUAGGUUUUGAAAUAAAACAUUGACCAAAAUAAUUUGCAAUAAGAAUGAAAAAGAGUUUUCCAACAAAAAAAAUUAAAAGUUAAAAAAAAUUUUAAAAAGUAAAGAAAAUUUUAGUUUCAUUGCAGUCAAAUUAGAUUACUCAAAUUUGUAUACGCGACAUAGGGAGAAAUUUCAAACAUGCAAUGGAUAUUUUCCGUUCUAGGUCGAAAUUUAAAAAUGCCCACAGCAAAGUUUUAGAUUUUAAUGUGCUGCAUCAUAAUCUUUUGGUUUUAAAUUAAAAAAGUUAAUAUUGAAUGUCACGGAAGCCCGAGAAGACGGCAAUAUUUUCUAGCUCGCUUGGUGUAAAUUUCUCGUUUCUUGCUUUGUAAUUAGCUGAGAACGAAGGCGUAAACAAAUGCGCUGAUUGGUCGAGCACAAACUCUGCCCUUGUUAGUGAACGUACGACUAAAGAGUGAGCAAAAUUGCAUGCAAGAACAUGUAAAAACUGUGAAUUGUGACUUUCAUGGGAUUUAAACGGCCAAUAACACACAUAAAAUAUCACAAUUUGUCAACAAGAUGUGUUCGCAACAGGCUUGUAGCAAGCUUGUCAACAAGUUGUAACAAUGUUGUUAUUUUAUCAGGUGCUACAAGGUUGUCACUCACAACUUGUUGACAAAUUGUUCAAUUGCAGGACGAUAAGAAGUUAUGUUGGAACAGCUUGUAACAAGUCUGUUGACAACUUGUCAGUAAGCUGGGAAUAAACAGUGCGAUCACAUCCUGUUGACAAUUUGUUGGAACAGGCGAACAGCAUUGCUAUAAGUCUGCUACAGAGUUAUUACAACGUGCGCGUUUUAAGGUGUGCAGUACCGCUCAUAUUGUACCGAAACUACAGUAAUUUCAUGCUUAGACUAAUAUCUUUCACCUUGCCGUUUUCAUUUUCCGUUCCUUAUUAGUGCUCUGAAAUAUAAUGAGUUUGUGUACAUGAGCAUUUUUUUUUUUUUCAAUAAGUCACUCGCCUUAGAGGAAGGUCCAUUGCUCGUUUAAUAUUUAAAGGCUUUUUUAAAUUCGUCAAACCAUCUUUCUUCCCUGCUGAAUAUCGAAUCCCUAGUUGGUAUUUAAUCUAUACAUACAGCUCCAUGAAUAACAACAGACGAAGAGCUCGUCAAUCAUGCCGUGCUAGUGGUCCGAGUGUCUUGAAAUUUAUGUGUAUACUUCAAAAUAUAAAUUGCCAUUUUAGGGACGAAACAACGAAUAUUAUCGAAACAGAAAGGUUUGACGACUGCGGAAGAACCAUCCAGGAUCAUUUUAGUUCCGAUUCCUGAACCCACGAUGCAACCAGCUCAACCUAAUCCAGCCGUACCAACCUCACCACCUAUACCACAACCUACACCACUUGUAAAUCCUGUACCAAAUGUACAACCGAAAACACCCAAACCAACAAACCCUGUGCAAGCGGUUUUAUAUCGUUCGAAUGUUCGAUGUGCACGAAAUUCCAUGCCAACGCCAAAACCCGCAAUACCUGCGCAACCUGCAAAAUCAGCUAGUUCUGUAAGGAAACCAAAACCUGGAUAA